UGUCAGGUGAGGUGCUUCCAGUUCAGCGUUCCAGUGGAGUUCAAGCUUUGUUAGUGCAAGAAACGAUAACUGAAAUAAGUGUAGUGCCUAUUUUGUUUAACAACGUAUAACACGAGCAUUAUUGUGCCGAGUAUGAGGAUAAUUUCUUGAAGUGAAUGUCCGUUGGAGCUCAGGAGGCAGUGGAGAGGGCGGGGGUGAGGCUGAGGGAGGCGGCAGGGAGAAUGGGGUCCGUACGAAGGGGAGGUGUCAUUGAAAAAGUUGCCAACGUUUUCUGCGGCAACAGCAAUAACAGUGCAAAUUCUCUCGGUAGCAGGAAUGCAAAAGUGGAAAAAGGUGGACCUCCAGAAAAAUCCGGUCGAUUUCUAUUGGGGAAAGUUCGAAGCAGCAAUGGACUGACCUGCAGCAGCAGCACCCCUCACACCUCCCCACGACCAACUAGGAGAACCCCUCGGCUACAGCGUAAGCCACUCACUUGGGAUGAGCUCAUAAAAGAUGAAAACUUCUUAAGUCGAUUAUUUCAGUACCUCUCAGGCAGCGAGCGCGCCGUAGCUGCACAAGUUUGCUUAAGAUGGCGAACAGUUCUUUACCAGCCAAGUUACUGGCGUACUACCAGAGCAGUGCUUCACUGUAAGGAAGUAAGAGCCGACACUGAGGAACAGACCGUCGAGAUGCGGCGCAAGUUUUACGUGUCUGUCCAGAUGAGAGGCUUCGACUCGCUGGUUCUGGUCUGUGCCACCGACUCUGACCUCAUGGACCUGGUGGCAAACUACGCCGUGAACCACACCAGAGCUCUGCGCUGCGUCGCCUUGCGUUGCUGCAGUGUUUCAGACAAAGGGCUGGAAGCCUUGCUAGAGCAUCUGGGUGGCGUGUAUCAGCUGGAGUUGCAGAGCUGUAAUGAGCUUACCGAGGCCGGGCUGUGGGCAAUUUUGCAUCCUCGCAUCGUGUCGCUGGCCGUGGCCGACUGCAUAAAUGUGGCAGAUGAGGCCAUUGGGGCCGUGGCGCAGCUGCUGCCUUCACUUUACGAGCUCAGCCUUCAGGCCUACCACGUCACCGACGCGGCGCUCGCGCUCUUCAGUCCCCGUCAAACGGCCUCCCUAUCCAUCCUCAGACUCCACUCAUGCUGGGAGCUAACCAACCAAGCUGUGGUCAACAUCGUUCACGCGCUGCCGAACUUGACUGUGCUGUCGCUGAGCGGCUGUAGCAAGAUCACCGACGAGGGCGUGGAGCUCGUGGCUGAGAACCUGCGCAAGCUGAGGGCCCUCGACCUCUCGUGGUGCCCUCGGAUCACCGACGCCGCCCUCGAAUACAUCGCAUGUGACCUCACUAAUCUUGAGGAGCUCACGCUAGACAGAUGUGUGCACAUCACGGACAUCGGCGUGGGCUACGUGUCGACGAUGCUGUCGCUGACGGCGCUGUACCUGCGCUGGUGCUCACAGGUGCGGGACUUCGGGGUGCAACAUCUCAGCUCCAUGCGCGGCCUGCAGGUGCUCUCCUUGGCAGGCUGCUCUCAGGUGAGCUCGAGUGGACUGUCGUCGCUAGUACAGCUGCGUCAUCUCCAGGAGCUUGAGCUCACCAACUGCCCUGGAGCAACUCCCGAACUGCACCAGCACCUGCACCAACACCUCCCCAACUGUCUCAUCAUCGAGUGAUGGUCGUGGCAGCAGCAGCUCUGCACCUACACUAGCACCAUGCAGCGCGUGCACUAACACGAUCGCUUUCCUUCGGCUGAUUCAUCUGCUAGUGCUGGUUUGAUGCUCUGACGUUGAGUUGACCUCAUGCACAAACGUCCGCUCACCGUGCGUCAUCGUUCACAAACGUCUCAUGGAAAGUGAAUUUCUCUCUCUCUGUUCCUCUUGCUUCGCACUCAACUACGACACGCAGACGUGAAGUGUGAUGCUCCAGCUGUAGGAGAGUCAUGUGCCAACUACAGCAUUUACAGCUCUGAGUAAAAUACAUUGAGCUCUGACUCAAGCAACUGCAGCACAGAUUACAGGAAUUGCUUCAUCGGCUUGUGAGAUCACUGAUGAGUCUCAUUCAAUAUCCCUAUUUGCAAGCACAAUUGUUACUUCUGGAGCUGCAAACUUCAGUUAUAAAAAUGUAGCACGAAUUGUAAACUUGGCCUCCUCACAUUUCAGCCUCAGCACUCCAAGCUACUCGUGGCGACAAGUUAUCUCCCACAAAGAUAAUGUGAAAGGAUCAUCUGUGCCAAGGGUCAUUGGGUACGCUAAUUUCGUUCAAAAAUAGUUCGGUAAACUCAUGGAUUUCUCAAAAAAUGAAUUAUUUCCUCCUAAAUUAGGAAAAAAUUCUUUGGGGAGAUCUUUGAUUUGAGUAGUUACAUGAAGUUGAAAAGUGUUCAAAUGUGUAUGAGUUAAUUAAGGAAGAAACCACUAGUUUCAUCUAAUUGAAGAUCCGUUCUGUCUCAUUUGCGAUCGCCGAUCAAUUUUUAAUUAUAACCACGUUUUCUUCGGUUUAGAAUUUUUCCUCCUACAAGCUCGAUAAAAACGAUUUUCUCAUUUGUCUUUCUUGUCAUUUUACUUUAACUUUACAGUUGCACUCCAGAAACACUGACCAUUUCUG